ACACCGCCGGUGACUCGUCACUCCGCACAGGAAGAUGGCUGCGGUGGAGCGGACCCCGGUCAGUGAAGGGAUCCGGAUAGUUGUUCUGUGUGUGUUUUGGUAUACGGUGAGCUCGGGAGGCAACGUCGUCAACAAAAUCAUCCUAAAUGGAUUCCCCUACCCGGUCACAGUCUCACUGUUUCACAUCCUAUCUAUCGUCGUCUUCCUCCCGCCGCUCUUGCGAGCAUGGGGAGUCCCUAAAACAGAACUGCCUAGCAGGUAUUACAAAUGGUACAUCCUGCCAUUAGCUUUCGGAAAAUAUUUCGCAUCCGUGUCGGCGCACUUCAGCAUAUGGAAGGUGCCCGUUUCAUAUGCACACACUGUCAAAGCCACAAUGCCGAUAUGGGUUGUGCUGUUGUCAAGAAUUAUCAUGAGGGAGAAGCAAACUACAAAGGUGUACAUAUCUCUCAUCCCCAUCAUUGGUGGAGUGCUGCUGGCCACCGUGACUGAGCUUUCCUUUGAUGUUUCAGGAUUAAUCAGUGCUCUGGCUGCCACGCUGUGCUUCUCUCUGCAGAACAUCUACUCCAAAAAAGUAUUACGUGACACAAGGAUCCACCACUUGAGGCUGCUUAACAUCCUGGGUUUCAAUGCGGUGAUCUUCAUGCUGCCCACCUGGGUUCUGGUGGACCUCUCUGUGUUUCUUGUGAAUGGAGAUAUGUCGGAUAUCUCUGAAGGGACCAGUACCUUCAUCCUCCUACUCAUCAGUGGCUUCUGCAAUUUUGCCCAGAAUGUCAUCGCCUUCAGUGUUCUUAACCUCGUCAGCCCACUCAGUUACGCCGUCGCCAACGCUACAAAGAGGAUUAUGGUCAUUAGCAUAUCUUUGCUAAUGCUGCGCAACCCGGUCACCCUCACAAAUGUCCUCGGAAUGAUGACGGCCAUUGUUGGAGUCUUCCUUUACAACAAGGCCAAGUAUGACGCUAACCUGGAGAAGAAGCUGUUGCCGAGCACCAAACAGGAUCUGAUGUCCUUUGACAACCCGGGGCGGGAGAAGUUACAGGCCAAUGGGUCAGUGCCGUUCUCCCAUGACUUGGAGCAGCAACACAACUUUAACAACGUGCUGACUGACCACUUCCAGUACAGCCGGCAGGCUUACACGGCAAACUACAGCAACAACCACCAGUAUGUGGUGUAAUAGGAGGCGGCCCUCUCUCUGAGUAGCUGUCAUAGACAUUACUGUGUGUAGCCGCCCUCCCAGCUGCAGGUUUUUACACUUGCUCCAAACUCCAGACUGAAGGCAAGUGCUGUUUGACUUGGAAGGUAAAAAUAAGAUGAGUUGGUUAUGAUGAGCCAGAGUUGUGAACUCUCCCAUGCCUGUUCUUAUCUAGACUUCAUAUUCUUACAACCAUGCUGUAGGUCAUUGUUUAUUUAAUAUGUUGGUAUUGACUGCAUGAAAUGGCUUGAUGGAGAACAAAAUGUGUAUCAGCCAUUUUCAGACAUUAAGCGACAGAUUAAGUUAUGAUAUGCAGAUGUAGAAAUGUACCACAGCAGGCAUACAUCUUGGUUUGUUUACUUCUUGGAUUCAUAUAGUCUUGUUUUCACAACCAGCCAUGAAUUUAGUUGGGUGAUUAUGUUAAUUUUCAGUCAUCUGUAGCUGUUAACUGUUAAUUUAAGUUUGCACACAAUCAAGGGUCUGUUACAUCUGUAAUGAAGAUAGUUGGAUGAAAGGCAGUAAUAUUUAAAUUUUUUGUUCAGAUUGCUUUCAGUGAAUAAAUCUUGAUGGGACUUUAGGGGCAUCAUUGAUUAAAUUGACUUAGUUUUGGUUUGAUUUUAAAAUAUGAAUUAGGAUUAAAAUGAGAACCAAAUGAUUAAAGAAACAUAGAUGUGGAUAUGUUCUAGACAAGUCAUGCUGUUAGCCGUUUUCUUGCCUUUUUUUUUUUUUAAGGGUUAUUGCAGUUUUGGAUGCCUGUGGACAGUUGUUGAGAUGUAUUAACUGCUAGAUGCAAACUGCUCUAAACUCAAAAUAAGAUGUUAAGUUCUGCAAAUGUUAUGUUGCAGCAGAAAGAUCUAUGUAUCCUUACAUCAUCAAGCCAAAGCUAUGUCACUCUGCCCCAACUCGUUUUCUCCAAACAGUGAAGUCAACAUAUAGAAAAAUAUGUGUUGCUCGGCUUUAGUCUCAUCCUCCAAAAAAAGAUUACUUAUUUGUGGCCCAUAGAUAUUCCUGACAAAACCCCUGUUAGUACCGGCAUCAUGUGAGAGGGAAUCACAAGUCAGGUGCCCUCAGUUUAAUUUGAUUUGGAAUUUACAGACUGUAUGUAAGAGUGACAGAUCGGAUUUCUAGAAUCUGCCCAAGUAAGUGUUUUUUUUUAUGUUCAGCAGAUUUAUAAAUUCAUUACUUUCAGAAAUUAGUUGUAAUUUUAAGUUUAUGUAUAUGAAUAUUUUUCAAAUUUUCCCCUGGGGAAAAUUUUAGUUUUAUUUGGUCUGAGGAUCAUGUCAGUGGAUUGAGAAUGUUUUAGCUGUUUUAGCAGCAUAAAUCUAAAGAUGGUGCUGUUACGUGGUUCAGUGCUCAGCACCCACUGAAUGGAUUGUUCAUCUGAUCAUUUUCAUCUGAUGGCAUUCUGGGUUAAACUUUGUAUUUCUUGGUCACAGGAUAAUCUUAUCACUUCUGCAGGUUUGUUUUUUUUUUUUAACAAAUGCAGCCAUGAUAUGAAUAUUGAACGUGCUGCCAUUGAAUGCUACCAUGCAGACUUUAGAUUAGAUGUAGCACUGUGAAUAAGUACAGCCUUGUAGAGCCUCUAGCAUGGUAGCAAGCAUAGGCACAAGACUUCUUUUGACUGCUAAAGCUCACAGCUGCACUCACUGUAUAUGUUUGUUCAUACAAAAGUGUCUGAUUUCAAGAAAAAUGUCCAAAUUCCAAGAACUCUUCAGUCCCUGCAAGAAGCUGAUGCUUGUAAAUUUCCUGACAGCCAGAUCAGUAAAAAUUUAACUUAUUUGCCACUGAUGAAAACUUGAUCCUAUUCAAUAAUUUUUUAAAGAAAUUUAGUAUUUUUUUGAUCAUUGAAUGAAGAGCGAGACCAGUUUUGUGAUUCAGAAAGGUCAGUGACCUCUUAAAAUCUGUCCUUAUCCCCCAGUGGAGCCAAGAUAGAAUUACAUGUUAUCAAGAGGUAUCAGUAUAAAAGGUUAUAGACUUACCAAAACAUCCAUGUAAUGUGCACGACAUGCUGGGAUGCGUUUUGUUUCUGCUUUGUCUGACAGGCAACAUGAAAAAUAGAAGCAUGUCCUCCUCACUAGCAGACCAUUCAACGGUUUAAAACUUUUUUUAUUGAUCAGCAAAGCUUCCAAAGCAAAAGAAUAUUUUCUCUCCUGUCUGGUAAUUUAAUUACUUUAUUUUUGUUAAGGCCUGAACUAAAGCUGCUCAGAUUUUUUUCUUUUAUAAAAAGUCCAUCUCUAGUUUGCACAUCUUGUAACAACAGAAUAUGUCAUUUUCAUGGGAGCCUGGGUCAGCUGUCGUUGUUAUCCAGUGUGAAGUUAAAAGCAUUUUUACCAACGCUGGUGUCACCAGACAGACUUGACUGAAAAUGAGGCGUGUAUGAAAUCUGAGGUUUGAUUGUGCAGUUAGGUGUGUAGCUGUCAUUUCUUCACUAUCAUCACUGUUUGCAGUGUUUGUACAAUUGAUAAUUAUCUUUAGCCUUUUUUUAAACUGUUUUUACUGUUUUAGAUACUAAACUCAAGUUUGUUUUUUUCUUUUUGUGCAGAACUUGCUCUGACCCACACUCCUUUUUGUGUAAUUCAGAUGCUUCAGGUGAAAGGGGAAGUUGUAGCUUAGGAAACAUUAUUGUUUCAAACAAAUUGUAAUUGUAAAAAUAUUUAAUAAUAUGGCUUUUAAAUACUUCUUUUUGACAUUUGAGACACUGUCACAAUAUUUAGUCUGAAAAAGUUAUCUGGAAAGAAUUAGCUUUCAUCAACUAAAGUUAGCAUAAAAAGUAAAUGCAUUUGUGUUUGGUUGACUUUUUUUUCUCCCCUUUAAUAAUACCAAUUUCUGUUGUGUUAUAUGUAGUUGUUAAGUCUGAUUAGUCACCUUUACAAUGAGCUACAACUUGUAAAGAUUGUGUCUCUGUGGAAUGAGCAACAUAGCUACAUGUGCAAGUAGCAUCCUUCAAAAAUGUGCCAAAACCCGUUGUGCGAUCCUCCUGUCGGUGUUCGGUUGUUUUAAGAUUAAAGUUUUGCCAGGUGUGUGUCAGUCAUGAAUGUAUGACUGGGACCUGAUAGGCAGAAUUAUCAGAAUGAGAUUGUGGAACCAGUGGUGAUCCCAUAUUUCCAGAAUUUGGAACUUAACUUGAUCAUCCAGGAUCACAGCGCUCUCCCCCACAGAGCCAAAAUUAUCACAGAGGAUCUCCACAAUUUGGGAGUAGAGAGGAUGAAUUGACCUGCUGGAGUCCAGACCUCAACCCAAAGAAACUCUUGUGGGAUCAGCUUUGCCAUGCUUUUCAUGUUAGUGACCAACAGAACCAAGCUGGUUUUAUUUCAGUUUAUUAUUUAUUUGACAGGGACAUUGCACCUGAGUACCCGUCCUCUCACCUGGUAAUUAUUGGGAUAGACUCCAGCCCCUUUGCCAGCGGUAUAGAAAAGGAAUGAAUGAAUGAAAGUUAGCUUAGAGCUAAUUUACAUCUGCUUUCUUUGGGCAGGAAACAAACAACAGGAAAUGCAGAACAGAAAAACAGGAAACUACAUAAAACAGCUGACAAUUUAAUAACUAAGUACAGAUGAGACUAUAAAGCUAUAAACAAUAUAAUCUAAUAAGUGUAAAAAUAUAAACAUACUGAAUAUAAACUAUAUUAAAAGGCCCUACUUUAGUUAUAGCAAUAUCUUUGAAAAAAAAAAGCCCUGAGUGUUUCAGUAGUGUAAAAUAAACAAGCUGAGGCAUUUAAUUAUGGUUACAAUUUUGUGGAUUUUAGCCAAGUUUUUUUUUUUUUUAACAGAGCAAAGAGCUGAUAUCGGCAUGAGGGGAAUUCCACAUCCCUACCACUUUUACAGAAAACAGAGUUUCCCAAGGUUGUUCCCUUAAACUUUGGUAUCCAGUCUUCCCUUGAGGAUGCUCUGGUUUCUCACCCGCACAGUUAUACCACUGUUGGGUAGGUUUGUCGGGGGGUGGGGCUGUAUAUGGACCUUCCACAUGCUUCUAAGGUUCCAGGCAGCUUAUAAUAAAUAAAGUCUAAAAAUGGUUCUUAAUGUAGAAGACUGGUGAAUUGGAUGAAGGCAAUCAACUCAAACAAGAAUGAAUUACAUGAGGAGAAUAUUGCAGGGUGAUUUUAGCACAUUUUGGGAGGCUACCAACACAGCUGUGUUGCUCAGUGAGCAGAAGCACGAUCCUUACAAGUUAUACCUGGCUGUAAAGGUGAUUAAUCAGGUUUUCCAACAAUGUAUAAUACAACACCAACUGGUGCUAUCAAAGGGGAGAAAUAACCAAACACAAAUGUCUUUACUUUUUGUGCUAAAUUGAACUCCUACUUGAAUUAAUGGGGAAUCUUAUAACAAAUAAUAAAUAUUUUUUUUUAGUUAUGAAGUUGAAAUAAAGCACCACACCUGUGUGAUGCUGUCAAUUUAACAGAAAAUGUACUCAUGUUCUUUUUUUUUUUUUUAUUUUGUCAGGACUCCUGUUGUAGUUGUGUGUUGUCAUUCAUUUCAAGGCAGAUUUCUGUUGGUGUUGCAUGAAAUGUGGAAACAGUGCAGGCUUUACGACAUGGCAGAAUGCAGCAUAUAAACAAAGCAGACUUUAAAACUUUCCAUUGAGAUCUUUUAUAAUGUAGCAGGUAUCUACAGGAAUGUUUUUUUAAGUUUUAUUUAACUGUUGUGAAAACCCCAAAGCUUUGCAUUAAAUAACUGCAUGAUGUCAGAGUGUUGCUUAAAGCAGAGCCUGUAAAGAAUUAAAAAUCUGCCUUUGCUUCUUAUUGAGUUGGAGUUGUUUGGCCUUAAAGACUAGCAAACUCACUUGUCUUUAAUUGUAAUUUGGAUCAGUUCCUGCAAUUGGUCAUGCACCAGUGACAAACACCUGACAUAUAACCUCCACGAACACACCUUAAAGAUAAAUGGAAGUUAUUUGUUAGUUGACAAGAAACAUUUAUGCUGUAGCAUCUUCCUAGUUCUCACCAUGUUUGUAAGAAGACAGAUGCCAACCUAGCAGCAUUACUACUUGUACUACUUAGUACUACUUAACUUUCUCUUUAGAAAUUAGUUUUGUUAACAUCAAAAAGGAUGUUUUCAACUUCUAAAAAUGCCAAAUACUUUUAAAAUCAGAUAAUUUGACAUUUGCAUCUUCAAAAUAGGGUCUUUAUGUAUGAGACAGAUGCAAUAAAGCAACUAAAUGAAAUGUGACAUAUGCAGCCUCAGGGGAUUAGAUGUACUUUUAAGAAUAUGGAACAAUCUUUAUUCCAGCUGUAUAACAAGAGUUGAUUGAAAUUUAAAUUUAACAUCACAGUUAUGUUGGGUUUAACAGUUUCAUGUUGACACUGGUGUCGGGAGAAAUGGUCACAUGUGAACUGUGAAAUUUGUUUAGUUGUAUUCAUGUCCUUCCUCCUCCUUCCUUCCUCAUGUUGCCAAAAAGACAGCGUAACCCUUUUCAUUUUGGUGCACCACAGGACAGAGGCCUUGUUUGCAGGUGGGCGGGAUGAACAUUUCAUAACACGUAGGAGUAAUGCAUCACUUUUCAGUGUCAUUCUUUUUAUUCUGGUUUUUCCUGUACAGUGAGCUAACUGAGAAUACACUGUUGGCUCUCUUGUAAAGCUUUUCACUGGGGGUGUAAAUGAUAAAGUAGUAGAGAGGGGAGAGUUAUUUGUAAAACUUGUAUAAUUAUUAUUUUUGUGUGUCUUUGAUGGAUCUUGAGAGAAUUUUUACUUAAACUAUGUUUAUAGAUUUUUAUUUAUAAUUUUCAAACGGUACAAAAAUGUUGUACAGAGGUGCAGCUAUGCACAGUCUUGUCUGCUUAUGUUUAGUAAAUAUUUUUAAAUGUUGGGGAAAAUAAAUGCAUCAUGGAACACUGA